AUGUUGUACGAAUUAAAUUGUGAAUAUUCCGCGGAAAUUCAAGCGCGUGAUUAUAAAACAUCUUACACAGUCGCGUCAUACAAAACCGUAAUUAUUUUGCUGCCACUUUGUCUCACACGUUGCGAUCCGGUAACAGAGGCUAUUUUAAUCGGAUGUUUAGAAGUUAUUGAAGCGAAAGAUACUCUAUCAGGAAUUAUUUUAUUGUUAAUCUUGCAGGCUCCAUGUGAAGCUGAGGCUCAAUGUGCGGCUUUAGCUAAAGCUGGAAAG